AUGGCCGCACUCCCCCUUUUCACCCUUCCUCCCCUCCUCUUCCCCACAACUCUUGAGCCCAGCUAUAGGCCCACAAGUCCUUCCCUCUGUGGGGAGCUCUCCACCCCUCUCCUACUCCUCCCCCCCCACACCCACCUGUUUAACGCCGAGUGGUCGCCCCAGUAUGCAUACAACCCCGCAACACGCGCUGCCAAGUCGCCAGACACACACCCCUUCUGCUGCACCACGCCCCACUUUCUGACUGCCAAGCACGACCUCCCUUUCUUACCCGUGGAGCGAGGGUUGGUCUCCCCACGCCCAUUUCUCCCCUCACCCUCCUUACCUCCACCACGCCCCACAGCGCCCAUUUCUCCCCUCACACUCCUUACCUCCACCACGCCCCACAGUGCCCAUUUCUCCCCUCACCCUCCUUACCUCCACCACGCCCCACAGCGCCCAUUUCUCCCCUCACCCUCCUUACCUCCACCACGCCCCACAGCGCCCAUUUCUCCCCUCACCCUCCUUACCUCCACCACGCCCCACAGCGCCCAUUUCUCCCCUCACCCUCCUUACCUCCACCACGCCCCACAGCGCCCAUUUCUCCCCUCACCCUCCUUACCUCCACCACGCCCCACAGCGCCCAUUUCUCCCCUCACACUCCUUACCUCCACCACGCCCCACAGCGGCCGCUCCGCCUGCUCGGGAUGGCCCUGCUCUCACGUGCCCACCCUUACCUGUGAAGAGAGGGUUGGUCUCCCCAGUGAACAUACAUACAUCCCCGCCACACUCGCCGCCAGGUCGCCAGACAUGCGCCCCCCCUGCCCCGCUACACCCCACAGCACCCAUUUCUCCCCUCACCCUCCUUACCUGCUUAGCCCUGUGUGGUCGCCCCAGUAG